AUGUCUAAAGAAGACCUGUCUAGUGCAGAAAGUCUCAACCAAGUAAGUAAACCAUUACUUAAAGUGAAGCUGUUGGAAGUUUUGGGCCAGGGGGACUUCAAUCAUUUAAAGGCACUUGUCGAUAAUGAAUUUCAACCCAGAGACGACCUAUCCGUGAAACAAGUCCUCAGUUUGAUUCUACAUUAUGCUGUUCAGGUAGCUCCUAUUCUCCUUAUCAAAGAAAUCGUUUCUAAUUGGGUGGAUCAAAUAGACAAUGGGAAGAAUCCAUGUAACAGCAAUGAUAACAUUCACUUAGACUUGAAUUAUCAGGAUGAAAACGGUAAUACUCCACUGCAUCUGGCCGCUGCACAAUCUCGUUCGGAUGUUAUCAGCUUCCUUCUUGAUCAGAAAUCUAUUAAUGAUUGUAUUAAGAAUAAAGCUCAUCUACAACCUUUGGAUAUGUGCAAAGAUUUGAACGUAGCACAAAUGAUUCAGUUGAAAAGAGAUGAUUAUUUUUUGGAAACAGUUCAUUCUUUAAGAUCUGCCAUGAAUAACAGAAACUUUUCAAGAUUAGAUUCAAUUUGGAAAAGCCCAAGAAAUUUAAAUUUAUUAGAUAUUAAUGGCAUAGAUCCUGAAACUGGUACGACAUUACUGUACGAAUAUUCGCAAAAAAAAGACGUUGAAAUGUGUCAGUGGUUGCUAAAACAUGGUGCAGAAGCAACAGUUAAAGAUGAGAAGGGACGGUCACCACUGGAUUUAGUGAAGAAUAUAAGACUUCCGACUAAACCAUCUAGUAGUGCUACUCCAGAAAUUAAAUUGAAAAUUCUUCUUGAAAAGAACUUGAGAGAACAAGCUAUUGUCCAUGAGAAUGUUGAGACGAAUAAGCCUCCUACGUAUAGGGGAUUUUUAAAAAAAUGGACAAAUUUUGCGCACGGGUACAAAUUGCGUUGGUUCGUUUUAAGCAGUGACGGAAAUCUAUCAUAUUACAAAGACCAGUCACAUACAGAUAGACCCCGUGGCACUUUGAAAGUUUCCACAUGCCGUUUACAUAUUGAUUCUUCUGAGAAGCUGAAUUUCGAGUUGCUAGGUGGUCUUACUGGCACUACAAGAUGGCGUCUGAAGGGUAAUCAUCCCGUUGAAACUACUAGGUGGGUCAACGCCAUACAAAGCGCUAUCAGAUUCGCCAAAGACAAGGAGAUAUUAUACAAAAAGAAGGCAGUACCACCAUCCUUGGUUUUAAAGAGCAAAUCUCCAGCCCUGAUUUCACACUCUAAAACUCAAAGCUCUCUUCCCGAGGCUUCGCAAUACUAUCAACACGCUCUACAUAAAGAGGUGAUUCAGCCCUCCUCUGUGAGUCUUUAUCGAAGACCAAGCAAUAAUCUAUCUGUUGUAUCUAGCGAGAUCCAAUUGAACGAUAAUUUGACUGAAUCAGGUAAACGAUUUGUUAGUAAAAUGAUUGAAAACCGGUUGGAUGGUAAUAAAACCCCUGUUGGAGUACACACCGAUCAUGCUCUACAGAGGGUUCGCAGUAGUAACACUUUAAAAAGCAGCCGGAGUGUCCAAAGUGGUUCAGGUGUAGCUAGUCCUAUAGAUAAGGUUACUAACAAUAUUACUAUCACUAAUAGCAACAGUGCGAACAUAAGCCAGUCUAAUACGACAGCAGGAUCUAGUGCUUCUCUGAGUGAUAAUAACUAUAUUGAUAAUUUCGAAGGUGACGAAGCAAAUUCAGAUGAUGAGGAGGAGGAGGACCUUGGAAUAAACUUCGAUCGUGAUGAAGAAUAUAUCAAAGCACAAUAUGGGCCAUUUAAGGAAAAACUUGACAUGUAUGAACAAGCGAUAAGUAUAGAGUUGAGUUUUCUAAUUGAAUUAAUUGAGCAAGAGGUACCCAGUCCCGAAGUUUGGCUUACAGUAAAGAAAAGUCUGAUUAACACAUCAACCAUUUUUGGUAAACUGAAAGAUUUGACAUAUAAAAGAGAUAAAAGAUUGGUAGACAUGGUUUCGAAACAAGGUGAUGUUAACAACGUUUGGAUACAAUCUGUCAAAGAACUGGAAAUAGAGCUGUCCAACAAAACUGAACGUCUGGCGUCUAUCGAUAAAGAAAGAAGAGUUUUGAAAAAAAUACUACAUAAAAAAUUAUUAGAAUCACAAGUCUCCGUUGAUAGGAAGGAAACCUUGGAAGAUGACCAAGAACAAGAAUCAGAUACCUCCGCGAGUACUCUCGGUCAAAUUGCGAAAUUCAUUAGCGCCACAAAGGAGGAGGACGAAGCAUCUGAUGUUGACGAGUUUUAUGAUGCCGCAGAAUUAGUUGACGAAGUAACUGAAUUAACAGAAACUCAUCCAGAAAUUUCAAUGUCAGCAGCUCCUAAACAUGCUCCCCCUCCGAUUCCAAAUGAGGAAACUAACAAAAUCCAAAAUUCUCAGAGCAAAGAAAGUAAAGAAGAGCCUGAGUUUGAGAAAGCAAGCCAAAAGUUUGAAAAACAAAGUAAUCCGCGAAUAGAAGAGGAAGCAAAAACUGAACAAUCAUCGAAAGACAUCAAGAAGAAUGAGGUAACUUCACCCCUUAUUGUUGCAGUUACAACGGUACAGAAGAGGAAAGAAGAAUACUUACUAAAAGAGGGAUCCUACCUUGGUUAUGAGGAUGGUAUUAGAAAAAGGCUAUCCAUGGAUAAGGACGAUAGGCCCAAGAUUAGUCUUUGGGCCGUCUUAAAAUCGAUGGUGGGCAAAGAUAUGACAAGAAUGACUCUACCCGUUACGUUCAAUGAACCUACAUCUCUUUUACAAAGAGUGGCAGAGGAUUUGGAGUAUUCGGAACUGUUAGACCAGGCUGCAAGUUUUGAGGAUUCAUCUUUGAGGACUCUAUAUGUGGCAGCCUUUACAGCAUCUUCAUACGCAUCUACCACCAAAAGAGUGGCAAAACCUUUUAACCCACUGUUAGGAGAAACAUUCGAAUAUUCUCGACCAGAUAAACAGUAUAGGUUCUUCACGGAGCAAGUUUCUCAUCACCCACCGAUCUCUGCAACAUGGACUGAAUCACCAAGAUGGGACUUUUGGGGUGAAUCAUUUGUUGAUACUAAAUUCAAUGGCAGAUCUUUCAAUGUUAAGCACUUAGGUUUAUGGCACAUUAAGUUGCGGCCAGAUGACAAUGAAAAAGAGGAACUGUAUACUUGGAAGAAACCAAAUAAUACUGUUAUAGGUAUUCUCAUUGGUAACCCACAAGUCGACAAUCACGGUGAAGUUAACGUUGUCAACCACACAACGGGUGAUCAUUGCAAAUUGUAUUUCAAAGCAAGAGGAUGGAGGUCAUCAGGAGCAUAUGAAAUAACAGGUGAGGUCUACAACAAGAAGAAACAAAAAGUGUGGAUCCUUGGAGGACACUGGAAUGAAGCUAUCUUUGCUAAAAAAGUAGUGAAGGAUUGUGAUCUCUCUCUCGAGAAAACCAAAACCGCUGCAUCGUCAGCGAAUGGGCCAACUGAUGACGGAACGAAAUUUUUACUAUGGAAAGCAAACGACCGUCCUGAGGAGCCAUUUAAUUUGACGCCUUUUGCCAUCACACUGAAUGCCCCACAACCACACCUGUUGCCAUGGUUACCCCCCACUGAUACACGUUUGAGACCAGAUCAAAGAGCAAUGGAAGACGGGCGUUAUGACGAGGCAGGUGAUGAGAAAUUUAGGGUUGAAGAGAAGCAAAGAGCAGCACGCCGGAAUAGGGAGGAAAACAGCAUUGAAUAUCAUCCUCAAUGGUUUGUUAGGGAUACUCAUCCUAUCACAAAAGCUAAAUAUUGGAGGUAUACGGGUAGAUAUUGGGUGAAGAGAAGGGAUCAUGAUUUGAAGAACUGUGGUGAUAUUUUUUAA